AUGAUUGAUAUCUUUGGUGUUUAAUAUAAAUAAUAGAUAUCUUUAGAUUAAAAAGAAUAAAAGUCUAUUCUAAGUGGAAUAUGUUCAAUUAUUGUAUUAGGAGCUAGUUUAAGUUAUUUUAUAUAUGUAAUGAAUGAAUGGUGGAGUUCCAAAAUAUUACCAAAUUCAACUAACUUAAUGAAAGUUCAGAAUUACUCUUAAAUUUUAUAUAAUGAAGAUGCUUUAUUUGAAUUUUGUUAUUGGAAGUAUAGUGAAGAAUAAGUUGAUCCAUUUAGAUUAUAAAAUAAUAUUUUAACUCCUAUUGGAAUUUACUUUAUUAAUGGUAUUCCUUAAAAACCAUUCUCUCUAUUAAAUUAAUCAUAAACAAUAUCACCUUAUAAUACAAAUCUAUUAAGAGUUGAUAAUCUUUCUUUAGUUCAAAAUAGUGGUUUUGAUAAUGAUUUAAAUGAUACUACAGAAUUAAUGAUAGUAAUAACUUCAUGUAAUAUCACUCUAUUGAAUAGUGGUUAUGAAUGUGCAUCUGAUUAAGAAAUUAAAGAAUUCUUUGAAAAAUCUGUAAAUUAUAUCAGUUUUUGGUUGAAUUUAAAGUAAUAUGAUUCAUAUACUUAAAAAUUCUAAGUUGUAAAAAAACAAUAUUAUUUAACUUUUGACUCUUAAAUCUCUCAUUAAGGUUAAUUAAUACUUACUUAAACUUAAGCUACCAUAGAUACUGGUAUUUUAUUUAGUAAUUAUGAAUCAAAAAGCUUUAUAUACAAUGCUUAAUUAAUAACAAGUGCAACAUCUAAUCAAUUUUGGUCUACUCUAUUAGUUAAGAAUUCAUAUCUUAAUUUAUUUAUACGACUUGAUCCAAUGUCUAUUGAUACUUAAAUUGUAUAUCCAAAAUUAGGAGAAAUACUUGCUUAAGUAGGAUCAAUAAUGAGUAUGUUAAUGACUAUUUAAUANAAUACUUUUAUCACACUAUAAUAUACUAUAUAUUUAUUUACAUGA